CUAACAGGAGCAUUCUGGGAAGGGAAAGGGAGUCUUUCCAAGUCCUUGGGUGUUUUCUUUCGGUUUUGAGGGUUUGGGUUUUUCCCCUGGUUCCGUAGAACAGUCUAGAACUUGGAAGCAGGAAACCCUCGGAUAGAGGGGCAUAAAUCCCGCUGCCAGGAUAACCAUGGGAAUGUUUAAAAAUUACAGAUUCUACUUGAAAGAUGACAGUUUACAAUACAAGCAGAAGAAAUUCCUAAGAACUCAUAUUAAGAAAAAUAAUGGAAAUGUUUCCUCUGUAUUAACCCAUAAGUGCACACAUGUCAUCUUAGAUAAUGAUGCUGUUCUGAGUCCUGGCGAGCUGAGCACUGCCCAGAAGUAUCAUAUCUCCAUUGCAAACAUAGAUUUUUUAUGGGAGUGCCUCAAACAAGGAGAGCUCUUAAGUGUUGAGAAUUACAAAUGCAAUGCAUCGUCAGAAGUCACUCCACCUCCUUUUAAAAGGCCAAGCAGUUUCAAUGUGGAGGAGGACUUGCAUAGUACCACGGAGAAUAAUAAAGAGAUCACAGAACACAAAAAAUUUUGUACUGAAGAUGACAAUAUCCCUCAUGUUCCUCAAGAUUUUGAAGUUGCAAAGUAUAGCAUCCUGGAAAAAAUUAAGUCGGAGAGAGACAAAGAAAUUGUAGUGGUGGAAUUGCAAUGCUUCCAGGACCAUCCUGAAUUUUCUUUUCUUGUAUCUGCGAAUUUCCUGCUGGCAGGAGGAGUUAAGACUAAAAGACAUUUAUCCAGAAAAAAUACAUCUGAAGAAGCAAGUGAAUACUUUGAGAAUUACAUUGAAGAAUUGAAGAAACAAGGAUUUCUGCCAUCAGAAAAUUUUCCACCUGAAGCAAACCUAAAACUAGCAUCUGAGAAGUUACAAGCAUUGUUGUUGGAGGAUGUUUUAGGUAGAGAUAAUGUAAGUGAAGAUGUGAGUACCUUAGUGGAGUUGAUUUGGAUGGAAGCUCUUGGCCAUCUGAAAAACAUUCUUCUCAGACCAGAAAACAGCAUCAGCCUAAAUGAUGUGAGCAAAGCUGAGGGCAUUUUGCUUCAAGUUAAGGCAGCAUUGAACAAGGGAGCAACAACAGAAGAGUUGAAAAAAAUGAUGUCAAAAUUCUACCAACUUAUACCUCACAGAAGAAUGGAAGAUGAAGUUAACCAAAGCCUAUUAUCUAAGAAAGAAGAUCUCUGCCAGCUUAUAAGAGAUGUGGUUAAUGUGAAUGAAGCAAAUCUUUCAAGACCUAACCCACCUUCUUUUGCCAAAUAUCGAGCUCUGAGAUGCAAAAUUGAGCACAUUGAUGAAAAUACUAGAGAAUUUUACAAUGUUAAAGAAGAGGUAUUACAAAAAAAUUAUGGGAAGAAUUCAGUAGACAUCUUAAAUAUAUAUCGAAUUGGCAGAAUUAAUGAAACUUUGGAAUUUCAAAGCAAGCUUGGCAAUGUGCAGUCUUUAUUACAUGGAACACCUGGGAGAAAUAUUGUUGGAAUUCUUUCCCGGGGAUUGCUUUUGCCCAAAAGACUGGUUGAAGAUUAUGGCAUAGAAAGAACAGAUUUUGGAAAUCUUGGUAGUGGAAUAUACUUCAGUGAUUCUCUCAGUACAAGCAUUAAGUACACACAACCAACUCAAACAGAUGGCACUAGAUUCCUGGUUGUUUGUGAUGUUGCCCUUGGAUCCUGCAUGAAUAUGCACAAGAAGGAUUUCUCAUUAACUGAGCCACCACCAGGUUACGACAGUGUGCAUGGAAUUCAGAAAACAGAACAUGUCAUCUCAGACUUUGAGGAUGAUGAAUUUGUUGUAUACAAAACCAGUCAGAUUAAAAUGAAAUACCUUGUUAAAUUUUGCAUUUCUGGGGACCGAGUAAAGGACUUUUCUCCUUGUGCUGUUACUGAGUGGGAGGAAAACAGACCUGAGCUUUUAAAUGAUCAUACACAACUUGAAGAUUAUACGUUACCAGAUACUGACCCUUUCAUCAACAUAAAAGCUGGCCUUCAGGAUGUCUCUGGGAUUCCAAUCCCUCUUGAAGAGAUUCAUAUCAAGGGAAGGAUAAUGGACUUUGUAGCACAGAUCAUUGUUUUUCAAACAUAUACCAAUAAGAGUCAUCUGCCUAUUGAAACAAAGUUUGUCUUUCCCUUGGAUGACAAAGCAGCUGUGUGUGGAUUUGAAGCUUUCAUAAAUGGCAAACAUAUAAUAGGAGAGGUUAAAGAAAAGGAAGAAGCCCAUCAGGAGUACAGAGAAGCCAUCAAACAAGGUCACGGAGCUUACUUGAUGGAUCAGGACACUCCUGACGUCUUUACUGUGAGCAUUGGAAACUUACCGCCUCAGGCCAAAGUUCUUAUCAAAAUUACCUAUAUCACUGAGCUCAGUUUUCAUCAUGGAUGUGCCAGCUUCUUCAUGCCUGCUACUGUAGUACCAUGGCAACAGGACAAAGUGUUAAAUGAAAAUUUGCAGGAUACAGUAGAGAAAGUUUGCAUUAAGGAAGUAGGAAUGCAGCAACGAUUCUUUUUAAAUAUGUCGAUUGAGAUGCCACAUGUAAUUGAGUUAAUUACCAGUGAUACACAUAAACUCAAAAUAAAGAAAACGGACUGCAAAGCUGUUAUCAGCACCUUGGAUAACAGUUCCUUAGACAGCAAAGGCUUUUCUCUCCAGAUUCAUAUAGGAGAUGCUUACCUCCCAAGAAUGUGGGUUGAAAAGCAUCCAAACAAGAAAAGUGAGGCCUGUAUGCUUGUAUUCCAUCCAGAUUUUAGUACCGAACUACCUGAAAGGUCACAGACUAGUGAAGUUAUUAUUUGUCUGGAUUGCUCCAAUUCUAUGGAGGGCUCAGAAUUUCUACAAGCAAAGCAGAUUGCCUUACAUGCUCUGUCUCUAGUCCAUGAGAAGCAAAAAGUAAACAUUAUCAAGUUUGGUACAAAUUAUACAGAAUUAUUUUCCUAUCCAAAGUACUCUACAAGUAAUCCUAAACUGACUGAGUUCAUUAUGUCUGCUACACCUACCAUGGGAAAUACCGACUUCUGGAAAACCCUGCGCUUUUUAAGCUUACUUUAUCCUUCUCAAGGGAUGCGCAACAUACUUCUUCUAUCUGAUGGGCACAUCCAGAAUGAAAGCCUGACACUGCAGAUUGUAAAAAGAAAUGUUAGACACACCCGCUUAUUUGCAUGUGGCAUUGGGUCCACAGCAAAUCGUCAUAUCCUGAGAGCUUUGUCCCAGUAUGGUGCUGGAGCAUUUGAAUACUUUAACACAAAAUCUAAGUAUAGUUGGAAAAAACAGAUUGAAGACCAGAUGACAAGAAUAUUUUCUCCAGGAUGUAGCUCUGUGUCUGUUAAAUGGCAACAAUUAACUCCAAAUUCACCAGAGCCUAUGCAGGCUCCCAUACAAAUCCAGGCCUUAUUCAACAAUGACAGACUUCUUGUGUAUGGAUUUAUUCCUCAUUGUACUCAGGCUAUCCUAAGUGCUUUAUUUCAAGACAGAGAAUUUCAAACAAUGGUAUCAACUACUGAACUACAGAAGACAACUGGAACUAUGCUUCAUAAGCUAACAGCUAGAGCUAUCAUCAGAGAUUAUGAAGAUGGAGUACUCCAUGAGGAUGAAACAAAACAUGAGAUGAAGAAGCAAAUUUUGAAGUCUCUGAUUAUUAAUCUCAGCAAGGAGAACUCUAUUAUAACACAAUUUACAAGUUUUGUGGCAGUUGAGAAAAGGGAUGGCAAUAAAUCACUGGAUUCCUGUACUCCAAAUAUUUUUGAACUUAUUGCUACAGAAGAUGUAGACUUUCUGCCAUAUAUGGAUUGGGAAGUAGAACAGUCUGAGUAUGCAAUGAAAAAGAAGUUGAAACGAUGUGCCAAAAGUUAUCUUUCAACGGAGCAACAUAAUUUUAUAGUUCCUCAUAAAGAUCCAUCUGUAUUUAAGUUAGAUUCAGAGAAUGUUACUUUUGGGGACACUGUUCCUUGUUUGACAACAUUUUCAGCACCACUUCAUUUUCAAGACAGUCCAGAAAGAGAGUCUGAACUACAAUCAAGAGGGAUAGAUUACUCAGGAAUAGAUGAGGGAAUAGAGGAAAUGGAGGAAAUGGAUGGAAUUCUUUUUUGUUCAUUACAGAUUACUCCUGGUACAUCACCAGAAACAUCAGCAGAUCUCUUCUUUGCUUCUGACCAGGAUGGCCAUUCCAAAGCAAUAAAUGUUGCUAAGAAAGAUUCAGAGAAGGAAGUUUUAUUUCAUAAACAUGAAAAUCAAGAUAGGAACUAUGCAACCCGUUUCCUUCUUUCCUCUCCAGUUCCUCCCCCUCCUGUCCCUGUGGUUAAUUCCUCAGGUUUAUUUGGUUCCUCCUUUGCUGCUCCUCAUUCAGCCUUUGCCUUACCUACUACUACAUUCCCUACUACUACUUUUAUUCCUGCAAACUCUCUUUCUUCUCCUACUUUAGACCAACUAUCAGCUGACAUUUUUCACUCUCCUCGUUCUCCUCGUUAUCUUCCUCCUUUUUCUUUUUCUCGUACUAAUCUUUCCUCUAAUACUCCUCUAUUUGGUCUUCCUCCUCCUCCUCCUCCUCCUCCUCUAGGUUCUGUUUCUAUUGCUCCUCCUCCUCCUCUUCCAGGUUCUAUUUCUCUUCCUCCUUCUCUUCUAGGUUCUGUUUCUAUGUCUCCUCCUCCUCCUCUUCCAGGUUCUGGUCCUCUUCCUUCUCCUCCUCCUCCUCCUCUAGGUUCUGUUUCUAUUACUCCUCCUCCUCCUCCUCUUCCGGGUUCUAUUUCUCUUCCUCCUUCUCUUCUAGGUUCUGUUUCUAUGUCUCCUCCUCCUCCUCUUCCAGGUUCUGGUCCUCUUCUUCCUCCUCUUCUAGGUUCUGUUUCUCUCCCUCCUCCUGCUCCUCUUUCAAGUUCUGGUCCUCUUCUUCCUCCUCUUCCAGGUUCUGUUCCUCCUCCUCCUCCUCUUUCAGGUUCUUUUCAGCUUUGUUCUAAAUCUCAGUUAAAUUCAUUUGAGUUUCCAAGUAAAAUGCAUCAACCACCUUUAAUACUUAAGGAGAGGUCUGAUGGACCAAAUGCCACUCCUCCAGAUGUUAGUUUAGGAGAUAAACCAUUAAUUUGGGAAAAAACAAAAAAGUUUGCAUCAAGUCGUGGACCUAUUUUUGGACUGAAAAAAGAUGGACAACUGCCACGGCCCCACCAGCUUCUUCUUUCUCCAUCCAGAGAUGUUAGAUCAGAAGCAGUGACUUCAGGUUUCUCAUUUAGAGAAAAGAAUUCUGUAGAACAGAAUGUUACCUCAUCUGAAGCUAAGACACAAAAACCCAAGACUGAUAUGACCCACAGAGGAAGUUGGUUCAUUGAUAUUAAAGAGAAUUUGAUGCCUUGGACUCAGGUUUUUACUCUUCAGAGUGAGGAAGGUUUUUGGAAACUUAGCCCUGAACUUGGACUUAUUUUAAACCUGAAUGUGAAUAAUUUAAACAUCUUUCUUGUGCAAAAAGGCAUUCAAUCCCUAGGUCUCAAAGGAAAAGAGAAUGUACUACAACUGGUUGCCACAUUUCUGGUGCUACAGCUCAUUCGAAUUAAACUGGAGCUAGAAGGGAUAGCAGUCAAGUCCCUGAUGAAAUUAGAUGACUUAACUACUUACAGAUCCUGUGCCAUAUCUUGGAGUUUUGAUGCAGUAAAAAAAGCAGUGGAGUGGGUAAGAAGAACAGAAGCACAAUAUCCAUCUCUUUGCUCUCGGCUGGAGUUGGGCAAAGACUGGGACUCUUCCACCAAGCAGUUGUUGGGAAUUCAGCCAAUAAGCACCAGAUCUCCUCUUUACAAAGUGCUUAAUUGUAGUCAAGACUAAAGUUUGUCAAAUUGUAUUUGAAGCUUUUUCUUGUUUGGGUAUAUAAAGUACAGUUAUUGAAUAGAAAAUUACUAAAAUGUAAUAUGUUAUAUUCAGCUCACAAGACAGUCAUUUGAAAAUCAUGUAACUUUAUAAUAAGCACAUGCUAUCUGUUGGCAACAAAAGAGGAAUAAUUAUGAUAUAGAAAAUUUAGUGUUUAACUCACUUUGAUAUUUUGAUGGGAUUAAUUCUUUGAUUUGAGUGCUUAACUGCUUAAUUUUAACUAACAAACAUUUGUAAAAUUCGUUAAGUUUAUCUAAAGGAAAUCAUUGUUUACUGAGUUAGAAAAGGGAUAGUGAAUAUGUCAUACUUAGGAUUAAGAUCUCAAAAAUAAAAAAUGUUCACUCUAUAGAAAUGUAGAAAUUCAAUUAUUAUAAUCAACUCAACAUUUGAAAUAAUCUAUUCUUUCAGAAUUCUUCUGUACUUCCAUAUGAUUUAAUUUUUGUUUCCCACUAAGUUAUUGAGUUGUGAUGCAGUAAGCACUAAAAAAUUAUCAUUCCCAUUUUACAGAAAAGGAAACUGAAAUACAGAGAAGGUGAGUGACUUGUACUAACAAGUGGCAGAAUUAGGAGUUCAACCCAUGUCUUCUGUAGUCAAAUAAUGCCUUAUGUUCAAAAGUUAACCCCCACCCCAACAAACCACAACUCUCAACAAAAAUAAGUAAACAUACACAUAAAGAAAAAGUAAAAUUAAUGUGUUUUUUUUUAAUGAGCCACAAGCAUUUAACAAGGUAGCAGUAAGUAAAUGAACAAAUCUUUUUUUUAAGCUCUUUUUUUUUUGUAUCCACUAAGUCUACCUGAAGUUCUACUUCCUCUGGCCUUAUUUUCUUUUUUUUAUGCUAUUGUAGUCAUUUCAUGUACAGUUUGAUUCUGCUGCUCUGGCUUUGGCAUAAUGGAUAAAGAGUCUAUGUCAGAAGUAGAUCUGGAAAACUUGAGUUUAUGGGACGAUCAAAUGUAACUGACUGCUACUAAAAGUAGCAUAAAGAUCCAGGACAACUCUGAGGGACUUAUGAGAAAGAAUGCUAUCCACAGCUAGAGAAAGAACUGUGGGAAUAGAAAUUCAGAAGAAAACAUAUGAUUUAUCACUUGUUUAUAUGGGUAUAGGAUUUGGGAUUUUUGUUUUGUUUUGUUUUUUGAAAAUUGUAUUUAAUUAGAUGAUUUAGAAUAUUUUUCCGUGGUUACAAGUCUCGUGUUCUUUCCCUCCCCGCCCAGGGAUUUUGAUUUUAAGAGAUUACUCUAUUACAAAAAUGAAUAAUAUGGAAAUAGGAUUUGAGUGAUUAUAUAUAUAUAAUCUGGUGAAACUGCUUGUCAGCUCCAGGAGUGGGAAGAGAAUAGGGGAGAGAAAUAAUAAGAAACAUGAACCAUGGAAGAAAAUUUAAAAAUAAAAUAAAAUAAAUUUUAAAAUACUUUAUUGCUAAAAUAAAUUCCAACCAUCUUCUGAGUCUUCAUUAAAUUGUAAUUGUUUUGCUGAUUGGAGGAUCUUGUCUUAAUGUUGAUGGCUAUUGAAUGAUCCAUGUGAGGGCCUAAUUUUUCACUUAUCUCAGCUUUAGACAAGUCUUCCUCACUUAGCUUAUCAUUUCUAGCUUUUGAUGUAAAGUAAGAGUCAUGUGACUCUUCCUUUCACUUAUUGUAGGGUAAUUAAUUGCCCUAAUUUCAAUAUUUUGGUCCUCUGCUUCUUCCCAUUUAACUCCUUCAAUAAACCUUUAAACACAC